CGGUGUAAAUAUCAAUUAGGUGUUCACGAUACUACUACUUACUGUUACAUUAUGGCAUCCAUCAAUGCGACUGCCAAUUGCUAUUAGCCCCUUUUCGGCUUAAGACACGAUCCAUACGAUGGUUAAUAACAUAAGCCUACCGGCCGAAUUCUAACAACCCCCAAAUUUCUAUUCGGACUUCAUGUCAAUGAGGGCUUUCAGUCUCCGCAUCAUCCCAGUAUAGAGAGGCCUUGCUCACGGUUCAGAGUUCCGCCGCAAUGGACCCAACUUACACAUCCGUCAUCCCCCCACCGCAUGGGACACAGCCGAAUUUCAUCAAUCCGCCCGACCAGUUGGUAGCCGUGUAUGUCACGUCAGCACUCGUGCUUGCGCUCCCAACAAUAGGCGUAUCCGCCCGCCUGUUCGUGAGGUUUUUUAUUGUGCCCGGCCAUCGAAUCGAGGAUUACCUGAAUUACUUUGCCUUCGCUUGCUUUGUGCCCUAUGUCGCCGUCAUCCUUCACCUUUCGGGGAUGGGCCUCACGCGCCACUUGUACGAUAUCACUCUUACGCAGAUUCCGAAUUUAUUGUACUGGACCAAUAUCGUAUACUGCAUAUACUCCGUCCCUACCGCCGCCGCAAAACUCUCGGUGCUGUUCCAGCUCAAGUCCAUAUUCACGACCGGCACCCACAACGCUGUCUUUCGGGUUAAAGCGGUCUCUAUCGUGAUAAAUGUUGUCUUCUAUGCCGGCCUCUUCUUCUCCUACGUCUUCCAGUGCUGGCCGCGAGAGAAGAUAUGGCUUGGCGAGACGGUUGCAGGCACAUGCACGAACGCGGCACAAGUGAACCUCAGCUCGGGGAUCCUCAAUAUCAUAUCAGAUGUCGAGGCCCUGCUCAUUCCGACCUGGGCUAUCUGGCACCUGUCAAUGCCUGUCAAGCGCAAGCUGGCUGCGUUGUCUGUCUUUGGCGUCAGUUUGAUUGCAAUCGCGAUAGGCAUUGGAGGCAUGUAUGUCCGCAUAGUGCUCCUAACAGAUACGGAUGAGACUUGGUGGUUGACAAAGCUUGCAUUGUUCGCAACCACAGAGAUCUCAAUCGUCAUCUUCGUCGGCUGCAUGCCCUUCUUCUCCCGGCUCUACCACCACUUCCGCAGCCCCAAACCUACCACAACCACCACUGCAAGCUCCAGAUCUGGAAUCGUGACCUUCGGCUCGUCUGGAAAGACUGGAAAGCAUCGCAAGGGUGACAAGCUAACUUCUACGCUGGCCAAGUACAUGGGUCCGCGUGGUGCUACUGGUAUGACCACGCUGGGGUCCGAGGGCGGCUACGAUGAGGAAGACGAGUUCGAGCUGCGCAAGCAUGUCGCAUCGACCGCUACGGCUGGUGUGGCUACGCCGGUGGCGUAUAGCCAGAUGGAAGAUUUUGAGAGCGGGGGAGAAGCCGUGGUCUCCACCAACCAGGGCGGCGCCCAGAACAAUAUUUUGAAGACGAGCCAGAUCGAGCAGACUUAUGCCAGGCGGCAGGAAGACGAUCGAAGAAGAGGGCUAUGAGGGCAGAGGCGUUAUCAAACAUGUUUGAAAGAAACCGUUCCACUGGUUGAGAGAUUCGGGCUUAUUCACCUUGGUUUUAUGCAUAACUACCUAGAUUCGAGACAAUGUCCCUUUAUCGUUUGCCAAAAGCACCAAAUCUCUGUAUAUUUAAUCACCGACGAUCGUUGAGAAUGAGAUACGUGCCUACAUAAGCCCUCCCUUGGUUUUGCCGUGCCCGGGUAGAUAAUUGUACAACUAUUCAUAUUCAGCAUGACGCAUCUCGAAAUUUAAAGAUUACAAGAUGCUAUAUUCUGCCCAGUGGGUGAAAGUAGGCAUACUCAGGCGCUAACAGGUUGAAGGAUGGGAUACUCUUGGCAGGCGGUAAAGAACAUGAUGUCAGGGUUUGGGUCCGGAUUAGGGGUGGGAGUAGGUCUAGGUCUAGGUAACGUACAAGAUACUUCAAAUACAACGUCA